AUGAAAAGUGCCAAUAUCUCAUCGUUAUCUCUGCAGCCAGCAUCUUUUUCUUUGUUAUUCUUACUGCAAACAUUACUGCCUCCUAAUCCUACUGUUUCAUUAAUUCUUUAUGGGCGAGAAUUCUUUUUUUUUCCCUCAUUUUAUUUUUUUCUUUCUUCUUUCCAUCUCACUUUACUUUUUCUUGCUUUCUCCGACGCUACUCUCCAAUUUCUCUCUUCUGAGUCUUCUCCUUACCCUUGUGUCUUCUGUAUUCUUUCUUUUCCCAUACAAUCAUUUCUUCUUUACUGCUUCUUUUCUUUCUUUUCUUUUCUUUUUUUCUUCGUACUUUCUUUGUUGUCGUUUUCUUCUUCUUCUUCUUCUUCUUCUUCCUCUUCUUCUUCUUCUUCGUCGUCGUCGUCGUUGUCGUAUUCCUUGUCUUCAUUUUACCUUUUCUCCUUCUUCGUCUUUUCUGAUACAUUUUGUCCUUUACGUUUUUAUUUUAUUCUUCUUUUAAAACAUUCUUUUCUUUCUACUUCAUUUUUACUUCUUUUUUCUUUCUAUUACUUUCUAAGAAAGAAACGUAAUAGAAAAAAAACUACUAUUUAUGUAGUUUUUUUUUCUAUUACGUUUCUUUCUUUCUACCUUCAUUUAUAUCUUUCUUUUUUCCUCUUCCUCUUUCUUCUUAUUCUAUAUUUAGUGCUUCUUCUUUCUCCUGCAGCCACCUAUUCAUUUUUUCGUUCUGUUGCUUUUUCUUAG